AUGAGAACUACGUCCAAAAUACUACGAUAUGGAUGGCGAUAUCAGACCCCCCAUGCAUCCUUGGUAAGGUCUUUUACGAGUACCACACUAAACCGACAAGCUCAAAGUCAGACAGAUUUGGCUAAAAUAUUUGACGACCAAGCUUAUUUCGACGCUUUCAACAAUAGCUCUUCGUACAAGCUACCGUUUUCAUUUUCAAAACAAGAGACCGGAUUAUUCAAAAAUGAGUCGUUAACGAGUCCACUGGGGUUGAUAAAGUUUUCAAAACAAUCCUUGGAAGAUGCAAAAUUGUUAGUUGCGGAAAUGUUGAACAAUAAAACUGACAAAGGCAAAAUAGAUUACAUAAAAAAACUAGAUCAGUUGUCAGAUACCCUUUGUCGUGUUAUUGAUGUUGCCGAGUUUAUUAGAAUAGUACAUCCCAGUUCCAACUGGACUAAUGCUGCGCAGCAAACGCACGAGAUUCUUUUUGAAUAUAUGAAUCAACUAAAUACCAAUGUGGAGUUAUAUACAAAUUUGAUUGAGGUGCUUAAUGAUCAACUGAUCACAUCGCAAUUGACGGAGGAGGAAAUUAAAGUUGGCGAGUAUUUGAAACAAGAUUUUGAGAGAUCAGGUAUUCAUAUGGAUCCCGAGACAAGAAAUAAUUUUGUUGCCAUAACACAAGAAAUCUCCUUACUUGGUUCUCAUUUCAAUAAUGAGAUCAACAAUUUGGAUUCACACUGGUGUGCAAUUACAAUGAAAGAUUUUGAGUCUAUUGAAAAUCCUCAAAUAAAACGAGAACUUCUCCUGUUUCAAUCAAAAUAUAAUGGUAAAAAAUUUGGAAAAGAAUAUUAUGUGCCCUUAGUCGCACGUCUCCCAUACUCCAUAUUAACAAAGUGUAAAUCUAGUGAGUUGAGGCGGAAAAUAUGGGUGGCGUUGCACAAUGCAUCCUCGGACCUGAUCAGCAUUCUUGAUAGGUUUGUGUCUUACAGAGCAUUGUUGUCAAAGAUGUUGGGUUACAAGUCAUAUGCCCAUUAUCAGCUAGAGCACAAGAUGGCAAAGUCACCAGAAAAUGUCAUGGCAUUCUUGAAAAAUAUUCAACAGUCAUUGAGGGACAGUUCAGUGUUGAAUGAGUUGAAACUUUUGAAUGAGUUCAGAGAUGAGAAAGUAGAGUAUAAAAAUAAUGAUUCAUUGAUAGAUAGUAUCAAACCAUGGGAUCGAGAUUUGUUACUUUCGAGAAUGCAACGGGACAAGCAACAAGAUAUUGCGGUGCAGACAAAGAUUUCAGAAUACUUUUCAGUUGGUACUGUGAUUGCGGGAUUGAGCAAGUUGUUUGAAAGUUUAUACAAUGUGUCCUUUGUGUCUGAGGUCACACUUCCGGGAGAAGUAUGGGAGAACAACAAGGUGAGAAAGUUGAAAGUUGUUGAUAAUGAGAACAGCAAGACUUUGGGUUACUUGUAUCUUGAUUUUUGGUCGCAAAAGGUUAUGCCUUCACAUUUUACUAUUGUGUGCCUGAGAAGACUCCACUCCUGGGAAAAUGAAGGUAAAUAUAGAAAUACUGUGCAGCUCGAUGGAGACUAUCAACUUCCAAUUGUAUCGCUAGUUUGCAACUUCAGGGAUAGCUUUCAAAAGGGUCCAACUUUACUCUCGUUAGAUCAAGUUGAUACAAUUUUUCACGAAAUGGGACAUGCAAUGCAUUCCAUGAUUGGAAGAACAGAAUUGCAUAAUUUGUCGGGAACUAGAUGUGCCACGGACUUUGUUGAGAUACCUUCGGUAUUGAUGGAAUCAUUCAGCAAAGAUUUACGAGUUUUAACCAAAGUUGGCAGACAUUAUCAAUCAGGCGAACCAAUUCCUCAGGGUUUACUACAACAAGCACAUCAUGAUAAGAAUACCCUUCUGGCAUGUGAAACUUUCAUGCAAAGCAAGAUGGCAACAUUAGAUCAAAAAUUGCACAGCGCUGAAAUGGUUGACAAGUUAGCCACCGGGUUAGAUGAGGCUGAUUCAACAGAGGUUUAUCAUUCGGUUGAGCUGGACCUUAAGGUAUUCGCUGACAUGUGGUCAACUUGGCAUGGUAAGUUUCCACAUCUAUUUUCCUAUGGAGCGGUGUACUAUCUGUAUUUACUUGAUCGAGCCAUUGCCGAAAAGCUUUGGCAAGGUUUGUUUGAAAAGAACCCAUGGAGUAAAGAAGCUGGAACUAAAUACAAAGAUAGUGUUUUAAAGUGGGGUGGGACCAAAGAUCCUUGGUUAUGCCUUGCUGAUGCAUUGGAUAUUGAGGAGUUGAAGGAAGGUAAUUCAAACGCCAUGGAGUUGAUUGGUAAAAAUGCUAGUUUGUAA